AUGUCCGCCCUGACCCUUAACAUUCGCCCUACACCUGGAAAAUACAUUCAACCUCGGAAAGGACUUUUCUGCCUCGGUCAGCUCCCAGUUGACAUCCGCUACCUCAUCUAUGAGUUCAUCCUUAUCGAACCAAAAAGAAGGGACAUUGAACACAAAUCUGACUGCUUCUGGCAUUCCGAUCGUCUUAGACUGCUAGAGCCCCCCGCUUUCCUGCUCAAAGACAUCGUAAUUUCAGAGGAGCCUCACCGGCUUAUAUGGGAUCUAGAUAGUUAUUACUGGCCUGGGAGCACCAUGUGCCGCUGCGAUCAGCGCAAGGGACUCGGGCUGCUGUUGACCAACAGACAGGUGCACGCCGAAGCAGCGCCCCUCUUCUGGUCCCGGAACAACUUCAGUUUUCUCAGCGGUCACGAGGCCAUCACGGCCUUGAAAAAUCUCGUCCGGCCAAGAUAUCGAGACCUCAUCUCUUCCAUCACUGUGUUGAGUGCUGAUCAGCGCGGUACACCUUGCAAUGUCCGGUUCGCCAGUGAUACGACACAGGGAUGUGGCCCGGUGCCAUGGGACUCGUUCUGGCAGACGAUGAUAAGGUGUCGAAACCUGAAGGCUAUCGAGGUCCCCACUGUUGCUCUGGAAACCUGCCCCGAUGGGUUCCAUCAAUUUGCGACCGAAAAACCCGCGCUGAAUACAAACCUGGUCGACCUCAUUCCAUUUCGUAGGUGGGAGGAUAAUCUAUUUUCAUACCCCGCCGGCACGCAUCUUGAAGAGUGUUAUAACCACAAGCAUGAUAUCAUUUACGCCGAGACUUCGUCCAGAUUGCCAACUGUUCAGGAGUUGAGAAGCUCUGGCGAGGAGCCUUGCAUCGACAUUUGGAAGACGCGCGCCAGAGAAAGCAAGAACCUCCUUCGUCGCACUCGUAAGGUCAUCAUAGAGACGUGCUUGCGCAAUUUUGACGAGCAACAUAACUACCAGUGGCGUCUCCGCCCCAUAAUUGACAGCAAGGAAACUAGAUUUGUCCGUCUCGAUUUGGGUGAAGGUGUAUACUCCUCUAUCAAGUUCUACGGCCUUCCCGCAUCCCUCAAAGAAGCACGGCAACUUACUUAG